CCCUGGACUGUCCAAGAGGACGAUGCACUGGCAUCUCUCGUGGGACGUUAUGGCACAUCUGAUAACUGGACAUUAAUCAGCCGCACGCUGGUCACGUACCGCACGAGCAAGCAGUGUCGGGAACGCUGGCAUAAUUUUCUAGAUCCAACCAUGAACAAAGCACCACUGACAGUGGAGGAGGACCUCCUACUAAUAGAAGCUGUGCUGGAGCACGGAAACAAGUGGGCAGCGAUCGCACGGCUACUUCCAGGUCGCACUGAUAGCUCUCUGAAAAAACACUGGAACUCUACCUUAAAG